AUGAAUGACGAAGGAAUCGACGCCUCCCAUCUCACCGAUUUUGGCGACUUGUAUGGAAGGGAAAGAGGAGGCGAGGGCGGCGGUGGGAGUGGCGGAGAGGAAGACGAGAAUGCCGCCGCCCCACCGUCUCCGUUCCCGUUUACGCCCAUUCCGCCAACUACUCCGCCGCCGCCGCCCAGCGAAUUCCAGUCGCAGUUCAUCUCCGUCCUCGCAGCACCUCCCGCCUCCCGGAGACCAUCGCCUCAGCGCUCGCCAUCGACCAAGCAGGAUGUGUCAACCACCUUCAGCUUCACGACGCUGGUGAUCGGCGCGUUUCCGCCAUCCCGCUCCGUGUUCCAACUUUUGGAAGCCGACGAUUCUCCUCUGCUGGUCACGGUGGACGCGUACCCACUCCACAAGACGCACUCCCAGAUCCCUCUGGGAGUCUGGGACUGGUCCUCUUUCAGAACGGCGAGCACGACUACUACGACGAUCCGGCCACCGGAGUUAGAUAUCGCAAUUUGUUCGAUAUGGCUGUUAGACGCGGUACUCAACGCUCUAGCGGUGGCCGGGCACGGCGGAAGAAUCCGUGUGGUCGUCGCCGGCACCGGUUGGCCGAGCCAAGGUGGCCCCAACGAUCCCCACGCAACGCCGGCGAACGUGAGGCAGGAAAGCCAUUCACCUUCAUCAAGGAACUUGUUGACUCGCCUCAGUCAACUCUCAAGUGGGGGCUUCUUACUUGGGCAGCAUUGA